CAUCUUCUGCGGAGAGAUGACUAAUGAACGAUGCUUUGUGAGAGAUGAAUAAUGCCUACUGCUUAAAGAUUGACAAGAUGAGGCAAGAGUCUCAUUACUGCUUAAUCAAGAGGAAUUGAGGUUGACCUAUCCAUAAAUUCAGACCCUGUCUUGAAGAGACUUUGGGAACAAGAUGAUCAGGCAAAUUUUACCAUCAGACUCACAGGAUGCCAGCCAUUGAUCUUUCCCUUGGUGAUCAUUCUCCAGACAUUUUCUGUCUUCAUGGGGCCAGAUCUGAAGAGGAAAGGAUGGUGGCUGGGUGGUCAACAAAUUAUUCUCAGGACUCAGUGACCUUCGAGGAUGUGGCUGUGGACUUCACCCAGGAGGAGUGGACUUUGCUGGAUCCAACUCAGAGGAACUUAUACAGAGAUGUGAUGCUGGAGAACUACAGGAAUCUAGUUGCAGUAGAUUGGGAGAUUUGUAUUAAUACCAAAUGCUCAGCACCUCAGCAGAAUUUUUUGCAGGGGAAAACAUCCAAUGUGGUGGAAAUGGCACGAACUCAACCUGGUGAGAAACCCCUGGAAUGUGAUAAUCCUGAGAAAUUCAGAAGGAACUCGCGGCUUGUUUGUACAAGAUAUUACAAGGGAGAGACAUUCCAUAAAUAUACAGAAUAUGACAAAGUCUUUGGACAUCUCUCAAGUCUUAGUAGUCAUGUAAGUACUCAAAAUGGAGAGAAAAGUCUUGGAUUUAAUGAUUGUGGAAAAGCUUUCAAUCAAGAGUCUUCCCUUGGGAAACACUUAAGAAAACUUACAGGAGAAGAGGCUCAUGAGUGUGAUGAAUAUGGUAUGUCCUUCAGCCUACACUCAUCCUUCUCAGUAAAUGAGCAGAUACCUACUGGACAGGCACUCAAUGAAUGCAGUUAUGACACAAAAAGGUCCUCCCUUAGUGUCUACAGAAAAAUACACACCAAGAAGGAGAGCUUGGAAUGUAACGAACAUAGAAAGGUUUUCACGGACCUUUUGUCCCUUCAGAAAUGCGUCAGAACUCACACUGGAGGGAAACCCUAUGAAUGCAGUGACUGUGGAAAAGCCUUCGUUUUUCAAUCUUCCCUUAAGAAACACAUGCGAUCUCACACUGGAGAGAAACCUUAUGAAUGUAAUCAUUGUGGAAAAUCCUUUAGUCAGAGCUCUCAUCUUAAUGUUCACAAAAGAACUCACACUGGAGAGAAACCCUAUGACUGUAAGGAAUGUGGUAAGGCUUUCACUGUUCCUUCAUCCCUUCAGAAACACGUGAGGACCCACACUGGAGAGAAACCCUAUGAAUGCAGUGACUGCGGAAAAGCCUUCAUUGAUCAGUCUUCCCUUAAGAAACACACACGCUCUCACACAGGAGAGAAACCUUACAAGUGUAAUCAGUGUGGAAAAUCCUUCAGCACGGGCUCUUACCUUAUUGUGCACAAGAGAACUCACACUGGAGAGAAAACCUAUAAGUGUAAAGAAUGUGGGAAGGCCUUUAGGAAUUCCUCUUGCCUGAAGGUACACAUGAGAACUCACACUGGAGAGAAACCUUAUAAAUGUGUCCAGUGUGGAAAAGCGUUCACCAGAAGCACUAACCUCAUAAUGCACAAGCGAAUACAUACUGGGCAAAAACUCUAUGAAUGACACGACUACAGGGAAAGUAAUGUCCUCACACCUUCCUGAUUUUAGAACUCACACUGGAGAGAAAGCCCGUUGUGCCCAAUGUAGAAAAAGCCUUCAGGCACAACUCUUGAUAUAUGUUACACGGGACAAACCUUAUAAAUCUUAUGGUUCUGUGAC